UAUGGCGCCGCGGAGCUGUCGCACGGCAGCGCGUGUGUUGUGUAUUUUAGCGUUUCUGUGCCUGGGCCGAGUGAGCGUGUGCGCGCGACACGAACCCGCCCUCGAACGCGUCCACCUGCAAAAUGUCGCGCUCGCCCCGGCGGGGGACGCCGGCGAGAUCUCGCUGCAGCUGCGGCUGCUGGUGCGAGGCACCCACCUGGACGAGCGCGGCGACUUGGAGUUCAGGGCGACCCCGCGCCGCAGCGGCGAAGCCGACGAGUGCCUGCAGGCGGACCGGGCCGCCGCUUCGGUGUUUCGCGACCGCGGGGGCAACGCCACGGUUACCGGUCUGACCGUCGUCGUGCCGGCGGCGGCGGCGCCGGCCUACGCUAGGAUAUUCCUCUGUCUGAAGACGAGCAGGCGGCGGCCCUGCGGGGCCGACGAGUCCGACAACAGCUGUGCGGAGGAGCGGGGCGAUGCGCAGUGGGUGCACCAGCCGGACGGCGUUUUCGUCGAUCUGCCGAAGGACGCCUUGCGGCGCGCGGAAACUGCUGCUGCUGCUGAUGGGUGGGUGGUGCGGCGGCAGCGGCGCAACGUCAGCCUGCCGGAGUCCCGGCUGCAGCCGGCGACGGUGUCGCCUCUGGCGGCGGAGGCCUCCGCCCCGGGACUGUCGCGGGCGCAGGAGGUGCGGCUGCAGACGGCCGGCUCCGCCGAGGGCGACGUCGUGGCGUCGGUGGUGUCGCUGCGCAUCGAGGCGGAGAAGGUGGAGGUGGAGGAAGGCCGCAUGCAGGUGCUGGCCGACUCCGAGGUGCGGCUGCGCCUGUUCGGCGUCGCGCUGCGCCCCGGCACCAACAUGACGUUCACGCGCGUGGCCGCCGCGCGCGGCGCGCCCUGCAGCUUCCCGCAGCCGGAGGUCUUCACGAUCAACCAGGUGUCGGAGGCCGGCACCUCGGCUGAGGCGGUGGUGACGGUGCCGUCCGUGGUGGGCACGUACUACCUGUGCAUGGAGAUCGGCGACGGCCCCGCGUUCGUGCACCAGGGCGAGGAGCCGUGGGUGUCGCUCAGCGUGCACACGCCGCUGCUUCCCGUCUGGCUGUCCAUCAUCGUCAUCUGCGUCUGCCUCGUCUUCUCGGCGCUCUUCUCCGGCCUCAACCUCGGCCUCAUGUCCAUGGACCAGACCGACCUCAAGAUCAUCUGCAACACGGGCACGCCCACUGAGAAGAGGUAUGCGCGCGCCAUCAUGCCCGUGCGCAAGAUGGGCAACUACCUGCUGUGCUCGAUCCUGCUGGGGAACGUGCUCGUGAACUCGACGCUGACGAUCGUGAUGGACGAGCUGACGUCGGGCCUCGUGGCCGUGAUCGGCUCCACGAUGGCCAUCGUCAUCUUCGGCGAGAUCACGCCCCAGGCCAUCUGCUCCAGGCACGGGCUGGCCGUCGGCGCCAAGACCAUCUACGUCACCAAGCUCAUCAUGGGCCUCACCUUCCCGCUCUCCUAUCCCAUCAGCCGCGUGCUCGACUUCUUGCUCGGCGUCGAGAUCGGGAACGUCUACAACCGUGAGAGGCUCAAGGAAUUGGUGAGGCUUACCACAGAAUACAAUGAUCUGGAGAAAGAUGAAGUUAACAUCAUUUCUGGUGCCCUGGAACUACGGAAAAAAACUGUUUUUGAUGUAAUGACAAAGCUUGAAGAUGUCUUUAUGCUGGAUUAUGAAGCCAUAUUGGACUUUGAGACAGUCUCUGAGAUAAUGAAACAAGGAUACUCCAGGAUACCAGUUUAUCAAGGAAGUCGUAGCAACAUUGUGACUGUCUUAUACAUUAAAGAUCUAGCAUUCGUUGAUCCUGAUGAUAACACUCCAUUAAAGACACUCUGCAAAUUCUAUCAGAAUCCAUGUAAUUUUGUAUUUGAAGAUACUACCCUCGAUGUCAUGUUCAAGCAGUUCAAAGAAGGAAUAAAAGGACACAUGGCAUUUGUUCAUAGAGUCAAUUCAGAAGGUGAAGGAGAUCCAUUUUAUGAGACAAUUGGGCUUGUGACAUUGGAGGAUGUCAUUGAGGAACUUAUCCAGUCAGAAAUUGUUGAUGAAACAGAUGUUUGGAUGGACAACAGAUCAAAACGCCGCAGGGUUAAGUCAACAAAACAAGACUUCACUAUCUUCGCCGAGCGUCGAGAGGCACAAAAGAUUCACAUCUCACCACAACUAACAUUAGCAACCUUCCAGUACCUGAGCACAACUGUUGAUGCCUUCAAACCAGAAACAAUAUCUGAAACAAUUUUAAGAAGACUGCUCAAACAGGAUAUUAUUUAUCAUGUCAAAGUUAAAAAUAAAGAAAAAGCACGCAAUGAUCCUCAGACAAUAAUAUACUCUCAGGGUAAACCAGUGGACUAUUUUGUUCUAAUAUUAGAAGGCCGUGUUGAAGUGACAGUUGGGCAGGAAAGCAUGGUAUUUGAAAGUGGACCAUUUACGUAUUUCGGCACUCAAGCUCUUGCACAAAAUGUUGGAGUUGUAGACUCUCCAACAACACAAAAUCCACAGAAUAUUGGUUCUAUUCAGUCAGUGAAUCUGGACAGCAUGUUGCGCCAUUCAUUUAUACCAGAUUACACAGUUAGAGCAAUUACAGAUGUUUUCUACAUGCGCCUGAAGCGCUCACUUUAUUUGGCUGCUAAGCGUGCCACACUAAUGGAACGUGAUAAGACUGAGAGACAGUCUGAAGAUCAUUUUGAUGAUGAAGUGGAGAAGCUGCUUCACUCUCUGGAUGAAGAUGACAAAAGCCAGGGACCAAUGGACUCUCCUGUAUCUAAUUAUUACUCACAGACCGAUAAAAGCCUGCUGCAGCAAUACAUAGCAGAAGCAGAACGUCGCAGGUCAACAGGCAACACACCUGCCCGCAGUCCUCCAAAUGGUAGUGCAAAGCCUGUGGAAGAAGUGGAAGGUGAAGUAGCAGUAGAAGGAGAGGAACAUGCUGUGCUGCUGCCAGAUUCUUCUUCUAAACCUAACUGCCCAGAGUGCUAGCACUUGCCCAAAGGCAGCCCACAAGAAGAGGCUGCCACUCAAACUAAGGUGCACGAGUAUGAGGGGGGCUUGUGAAUCCAGUAAAGAGUAUUGUCGUAAACUAUCGAGAGUCCUCAUCAUGCAAGUUCAUAUUUCCAGCACAAAUUAUGAUAUUCUAUCAGUCCAUUGCAUUAAUAUUGCAUCUGAUAGUUCAGUAAUUUGAUUUGCUAUUAUUGUGGGGUAAGUGUGGAUGAUUUGUGUCAUUUCAUUUAAUGUGUAUUUGUGGCAUUUCAGCUUGUUUGUCCUCCAGUUGUCCUACUUCAGCGGUCCUGAUGCAGUGUAUGAAACUAACCAGAACAUUGCCAUGUGUGACACUUUAUAAUCUUUUGGUCAUUAAAUUAUUUAAUUCAUUUACAUUUAGUUAAGGCUCAUUUGUUUUUAUUAGUUGCCAAAUGGACUGUAAAAGCAAAGAAAAUGAA